UACUUCCAAACUCUUAAAUCAAACAUUUCUUCUGAAUAGACAUCCCUUGAAUUAUUUACACUUGCUUGGGGUGAUAAUGAAGAGGUACAAAACCGAUCAUGAAAAACUUGAUCGGAAGAUAGUGGAGAGGAAUAGGAGAAUCCACAUGAAAGAUCUCUGCUUCAAGCUCACUUCUCUCAUCCCUCCCUACCAUCUCAAUUCCUCUCAGGGCAUGCAACCGCGACAGCAUCAGCUCGACGAGGCAGGAACAUACAUUAAGCUAUUGGAAAAAAGAGUGGAGGAACUGAAGGCAAGGAGGGCAGCACUGGCAAUGGGCAACCACGACGGCAUGGAUAGCGAUGGUAAUACCACCAUAAGAACCAAAUUGCCGGUGGUUGAGUUGAGAGAAUAUUUAGGCUCAAGUUUAGAAGUAGUUGUGAUAACUGGGUUGAAGAAGAACUUCGCUAUUUCUGAAGCCAUUGGUGUGAUUGAGGAUGAAGGAGCUGAGGUGGUGAGUGCUAGCUUUUCUGCUGUGGGUGAUAAGGUUUUUCAUACUCUCCAUGCUCAGGCGAAAGUUUGUAGAGUGGGUGUGGAUACUGCAUAUGUAUGUCAGAGACUGAAGGAAUUGGUUUGCUGAUUAAUCCAUCUUCUUCCUCUUCCUCUUCCUCUUCCUCUUCCUCAUUUGGAGGACGGAUUCCUUCUUCUUUUGUUAGUUUCUGUUUUUGCUCUGGAAUAGGAAGAUUUUUCUAUAGCCACACCAUGCCUGAAA